UUACCAUUUUUCUAGAUAGACUUCUUUUUCUAUCCACUUAUCUUCAUAGACUUAAAAAUUAGAACAACAAAAACGAACCGUUAUAAUCAGAAAACUAAAAAUAUACAGCUAGCAAGAUAAAAAGCGAGAAAUAAAUGUCACUUCGUCGGUGACAGCGUCAUAAAUUAUCUACUAAAAACGUUUUCAAAAACUGUCUCCAGCCCAAAGAUUUUUCAAAAAAGAAAAAAAGCAGCACCGAAAAGCCAACAGAAAAGAAGUAAAAACUACGUAGAGAUAAUGUGACUUGUGAGACCAUAAAAUAUCCGACCGUAAUGCAUGAAAAGGGAGCUUUGCGGAUGCACGUUGGUGUUCCUCAACACUGUGACCUUUUUUAUGUCCCUUAUUCAGAUAACCGUUGGAUUUAUUACGAGUUUGAAAACGUUAGCGUAUUAUUUUGGCAUAUCAAUAAUAUUAUUAGGUUUUGUUACUUUUACGGUAGCUAUACUGUACUUCUACCCAUCCACUUACUACCCAAAAAGCAAACUAGUCCAAACGGCAGUUAUCUCGAUUUCCGUUUCCACAGGGGUGGAAAUGAUUAGCAACGUAGCCUACUUUAUGAGGAUCAGAAAUGUGAAAGACCUAAUCGAUACCGCAAUGAAUGAAUUAGAGACUAUUGUAAAAAGUAUCCACGUUUUCGUAGUGUUCGCUUUGUUCGCGUACUAUUGGCGGGUGCUGCCGCAAGCUAUGAGAACUGUUCCGAGGUUGUUCGAGGGCCGCGACACUUAUGAUUCGGAGACGGAAUUAGAGAGUGUUGGUUGACUUAGAGAUUAUACAUUUAAAACAACUUUAUUAAUAUUUUUUAAGUAUAUUUAUAUACGUAUUUAAAUAAAAAGUUA